AUGACACUUAAGUAUCUCAUCACGGGAGGAACUGGUGGUCUCGGAGCUCACGUCCUAUCUUACUUGAGCGCCAAUGUCCCCGCUUCAGAAUACGCAGCCUCGUCCUCCAAUGAAGCGAGUCGCAGCCAAUUUGAAGACCGGGGAAUUGCCUUUCGAGUAUUAAAUUAUGACCACCCAAAGAUCUUGGAAAGUGCCUUGCAAGACGUGGAGAAUCUCUUCUUUGUGAGCUCUAACACCCACGAUCCGCAACGGCGGAUUCGUCAACAUCAGAAUGUGGUCGAUGCGGCCAAGAUAGUGGGUGUUCAACAUAUCUGGUAUACAUCUCUUUCCUUCGGUGGCUUGGAAUCUAAUAGCAAUGCAAACUUGAUGGAAGGACAUUUAAUGACCGAAGAGAUGCUACGAAAAUCUGGCCUUAACUUCACAUCUAUCCGUGAGGGGCCAUACGCCGAUGCCUUUCCAGUGUGGAUGGGGUGGUAUCCCAACACCUCAACCGUCUAUCUCCCCUCCGAUGGUCCGAUGGCAUUGACGCUCCGAUCUGAGCUCGGUGAAGCUACGGCCCGGCUCUUGAUGCGCGGUGGAAAGGACUAUAACGAGAAGACUGUUGUCCUGACCGCUCAAAAGACCUUGACCUUCGCUGGCGUUGUUGACGUGAUUAACAGAACGACGGGUCGACAGGUUCAGGUGGAGUUGGUUUCGCCUGAUGAAUUUGUCCGAUUGAAGACUGCAGAUGAUGUAGGCGGGAAGUCCGAAGCAUUCUUUCGGUUCGUGUUGUCCUGGUAUGAGGCGAUUUCCAGCGGUGAUGCGAGCUUUACGCAUCACCUUAUGGCGGAGUUGCUCGGGCGAGAGCCUACGCCCGCUGAUGAAGCUAUACGGGGGCUGUUGAUUGAGGAUUCGGAUUAUGAGUGGCAUCAGAACUAUGCUAAUCGUGGUCAGCACUAG